AGGCAGAGUUUUAACGUUCAUGAAAGUUUGCCACGGAAAAAUUACUAACCAAAAAAAAAAAAGAAAAAAAAAUUCAAAAACCUCCCCUUACAUACAAAGGGAUCUUUCAGAUCCGUUUAGAAUCUCUCAUCAAUAUUUUCUCUGGAUGAAGAUAUAUUUUGUAUGUAUUACUUGAUCAGCUUUAAAAAAAAAAAACUUGUUUCCUCCUUUUCUGCUCUUGGCAUUUUCUUUGUAAACAUAUGCUUUUAAAUACUUAUUCCUUGAGAAAAUCUGUAAAGCUCUGUGAAAUAUAGACUUUUAAAGGUUUUGGUUUUAGGCUUUUGAUCAUAAUAUUUCAAAGAUCAUCGCCUGUUUUUCUUUGUAAAAUUUUUGCUAAAAAAAAUUUGUUCCUCGUUUUCCGCAUAGAUACCUUUAUUUUUUCAAGUUUCAGUGGAAACAAAGAGGUUUUAAAAGAGAAAAAGAAAACCCAAUAUUAUGGAAGCAAUUUUCAUAUCAUCUUCAGGUGAGAAAUCAUUUUCUCCUUACAAGCAACUCAAGAAUAUUCCAAAGAGAAAUGUCGGAGCUAACUUCGUUUCGAAUCCAAAUGAAAACUUAGCUCCAACAAACACCAUCAAUGGAGGAGGAGGAGGAGGAGGACGAGGCGUUUUGUUUGCUCCGCCACCGUCUCUCUCCUUUUCUUAUCCUCCUUCAGGUUCUCUUCUCAAUCCAAUAUUCUAUCAGCAGAUGCAGCAGCGGCAACCCCCUCUCCUUCCAUUUCCAUCCCCUAAUAAACCUCCCCAUAGCUCUCUUCCUUCUCGAACCCGAAGCCUCUCUUCCUCUCCUUCUAACAGGAAAAACCACAGACCCAGAGAUCAAUCCCUCACACCCAAGAGGUCGAAAUCAAAACAACUCAUCCCUGGGAAAAUAGAGGAUCAUCCAAAUAAAGAUCAUUUGAAGCCAACAGAAGCAACAAAAACACAGGCCAUAAGUAAUUCUCCCCUCACGGCAUCGGUUAACCCGUUAGGACCAGACCCGAGUGAUCUCCCUAAGGUUUUAAAGCCAUCGUACAUAGCAACAGGUAGCGUCGCCAAAGAUUUGGAGAAGUUUUCAGGUUCCGUCUUUACACUCUCUCCACCGCCUAGCAGCUUGCCUUUGCCCAAGUUCUCGCUUAGACCGAAGCUCGGAUGCAACGCUGAAGCCGCUGAGUUCGAUGUGGGAGCCACUGACAAUCUCCGACGGCUCCUACGUCUCCAUUGAGUAAACGAAAGCUUGUGUCGGUUUUAGUUCGUGGUGCAGUUUGAACUUUGAAGGGUCCUUCGCUUAAAGGGCCUUGUUAAAUUUAAGGGUGCACGAAAGGAAAAAAAGAAGAAGAAGAAGGGUCUUCGUCUUAGAUUGUUGAUGAUUUUUCUUCUUUUUAUAUCAAUGGUUGUGUGUAAUAUAUAUGUGUUUGUAAUUUAGAUCCGCAUAUUGUGAUCACCACCUUGUUUUUGGAAUGGGGUGAGCAUAAUUAUACUGGCGGAUGAUUGUAUGGUUGAUUUCUAGUAGAAAAUUGCCAAAAUUAUUGUUGUUGUUAUUAUUAUGAAAA